AUGGAAGAUAAUAACCGCUCCCACUUCCAACAUCUUUACUUUGCCUUAACUGGGAUUCCAGGGCUUGAACAAAAGUAUUACUGGAUGGCAUUCCCACUGGGUGUUAUAUAUGUCAUUGCCCUUGUUGGCAAUGGCAUCAUCAUCUCUACCAUCAAGUCUGAAUCGUCCCUGCAUACCCCCAUGUACUAUUUUCUGUGUAUGCUGGCAUUGGCAGACAUGGGUCUUGCCCUUUGUACUUUACCCUCUAUGCUAGGCAUAUUCUGGUUUAACUACAAGUCCAUUGCCUUUGAUGCCUGCCUUGUUCAGAUGUACUUCAUCCACACCUUCUCAGCCAUUGAGUCUGGUGUGCUAGUGGCUAUGGCUUUUGAUCGUGUUGUGGCAAUCUGGAACCCUCUCAGGUAUGGCUCCAUCCUAACCAAUGGUGUGGUCUGCAGAACAGGGGUUGUCAUCUUGUCAAGGGCAGUCUGUGUGGUCUUCCCGGUGCCUUUUCUCAUCAAACGACUGCCCUUCUACCACUCCAACAUCCUCUCCCACUCUUUCUGCCUCCACCAAGAUGUCAUGCGCCUUGCCUGUGCCAGCACCCGCAUCAACAGUCUCUAUGGUCUUAUUGCUGUCAUUUUCACCAAGGGUUCUGACUCCAUCUCCAUCCUCCUCUCCUACGCGUUCAUACUACGAACAGUAAUGGCUAUUGCCUCAGGGGAGGGCCGGCUGAAGGCACUCAACACCUGUGUUUCACAUACCUGUGCUGUGCUCAUUUUCUAUGUGCCACUCAUUGGGGUGUCUGUCAUUCAUCGCUUUGGAAAGCAUCUGUCACCACUGACCCAUGCCCUCAUGGCUAAUGCCUACCUUCUUGUACCCCCUGUGCUAAACCCCACAGUCUAUACUGUGAAGACCAAAGAAAUAAGAAGAAAGAUCAUCCAAAUAUUUGUUCAAACCAAGAUUACUGCAGAGAGGUAG